CUCUUGCCGCGAAUUGCUUCUUUCUCGCAGAACGUGCGGGUUUCCUCUUGUUUCUUUUCUUCUUUUCUUGGCGACCUACUACUACUCCUACAAAACUGCUGUUCCCCGUUCCGUUCCGUGAAGCUAGAACAUUCCCGGGAGAUAGACCGAUGCGAAGCGAGAUAAGCACGCGCAGAAGACAGACUCGAAGACGACGACGGACAACGACAACGACGCACUCGGUAUAAAGAUGGAGAGCCCUUUUGUGAUGCCGCAGGAGGAUGUGGAGGCGCUGGGUGAAUCAAAGGCGUUUUGCGCGCUGAGAAGGUAUCUAGCUGGUGAAGCCGCCUUCUGCGCAACACACGCGCAAUGUACACCUCAAGCCAAACAAACAUGGCUCCUUCACCGCGACAUUCUUCACGCCCUCAUCAUGCCUGUCGUGACGCUCUUCUCACGCGCCUCGACUCUGGCGUCGGCAGCCCUAUGCACGCAACGAACAUCGGACCUUGAGCUUGCAUUUUCGGGUGAAUCGCGCAGUGCUUUCAUAGGCCUGCAAUGCUUCCUCAGCGAGGAGGCUGACUGGUGCCGCACGAGAGGAUGUCCGGCUUGCGUAGUCUCGGCCACGUUGAGCACCGAUAGCCAUAUCCGCCUGACGAUUGCUGCAAGCCUGCUCAGCACGGCGAGUGUAGCUACGCCCACGCAGGAGGAACUUCGACACGACAGCGAUAGGACGCUGCCCCCACUCCCGCAUAUCCUUCCUGCGCUGCAACACGCUGUGAUAAACGACCCGUUCUGGGAAGGCUCGGACAUUUGGGGCUACAUCUUGUCGCGUGCCACUCAACUCUCGGCUGGCAUCCAAGCCCUGAUCGCCGAGUGCGUGAACCUUGAAUCGCUCGUCUCAUCGCCUACCACAGACAGGCCGGGUGCCAAGCGCGGCUUGACACAUCCCUCCGUGCCUUUUGUAGCUUCUGGCCAGACUGUCGAGGAAAAGGGUGUCAAGCUUAGGAAGAGCAAGCUAGCAAAGAGGCAGUUAAGGCUACGAGACGAGGAGGUCGAACUAAUGAGGAGAGUGGCGAUGCAAUGCUGGGCCAAAGCCCAAGUACCAAAGAAGAUCCGAGGAGAUGUCUUGGGCAUAAGCGAUGGCAAGAGGACGAGGAGCUUGACUUGCCCAUGAGUCGAGACUUUGACAAAAGGGCGAAAUAUGGCGUUUUUGGUUCUGCAUCUUGGAUGAUACCACAGCAUACACUUUCCUUGGACGGGAUAUUUGGUUUCUCGUUUCUUUUUUGUUUCUAGGGGAAUCUUGAGACUGGAUAGUCUCAGGUUACACACACACACACACACACACACAUGGCCUUUUUUGGUCGAUUUCUUUUGUAUCGCACGGCAUUUAGAUUCUAAUAGAGCGUAGUCUCCUUAU